GGAGGGAGGGGGAACAUCUGCGGGAGUCCAUCCACUAUUCCUAGAGCUGUCUUUUGUCAUGUAGCAUAGCCACACAAUCUCUACCGGUUCCGGUUUAAAGGUUUUUGUUUGCCAGGACUGGUCACUGUUACUCUUUUCCUUUGACUGCAACAUAAGAACAAAACCAAGUAACGUGACUGGAUUAAUAAUAUCUAUCACGGAUUUUCCCUCUAUUGGGCACAUCAUUUAUUUAUCACGUCUCGUGAGGUGUUACAUGGCAAAGGAAUGGGACAGACUGUGAUUUUCAAGUUGAACGCAACAAUACCACUCUGAGUGCAACACCGAAACAUUUACUGGGGACAAAGCGGUCGGAAGGCGUAUGUAACCUCAAGAAAAGAGAACCAAUUCGGCAAAGGCUUGACUAUGGGCUGUGUCAAGAGUAAAGAGGACAAGGGUCCUACACAGAAGUACCGACCAGAUCCCACCAAUCCCACCCCUGGGUCACACAUGGGUCUCUAUGGACCAGACCCCACCCAGAUGGGCCAGUCACCUGCCCUGAAGGGCCCCACCAACAACUACAACAGCCGCACAACUGGGCUCACCCCAUUCGGUGGCUCCUCCUCUGUCAUCACACCCUUCGGUGGAGCCUCCUCUUCCUUCUCCACUGUUGCUGUGAGCAGCCCCUUCCCUGGUGCCGUCACAGGCGGCGUAACUUUCUUUGUGGCCUUAUAUGAUUAUGAAGCCAGGACAUCAGAUGACCUCUCCUUCAAGAAAGGCGAUAGAUUUCAGAUCAUAAACAACACAGAGGGAGACUGGUGGGAGGCUCGCUCCAUCAACACGGGGCAGAAGGGCUACAUUCCCAGUAAUUACGUGGCCCCUGCAGACUCCAUCCAAGCGGAAGAAUGGUACUUUGGAAAAAUGGGUCGUAAAGAUGCUGAGCGACUGCUACUGGUUCCUGGAAACCAGCGGGGCACAUUUUUGGUCCGAGAAAGUGAGACCACUAAAGGGGCUUACUCUCUUUCAAUACGGGACUGGGAUGAGAUGAAGGGAGACAACGUGAAACACUACAAAAUCCGAAAGCUUGACAGUGGAGGCUAUUACAUCACCACAAGAGCUCAGUUUGACACUCUACAGAAACUGGUGAAGCAUUACACAGAGCAUGCAGAUGGGUUGUGCUACCGACUGACCACAGUGUGUCCGACGGUGAAGCCCCAGACUCAGGGACUGGCAAAAGACGCAUGGGAAAUCCCACGAGACUCACUGCGUCUGGAGCUCAAGCUGGGUCAGGGCUGCUUCGGAGAGGUCUGGAUGGGUACUUGGAAUGGCACGACUAAAGUAGCUAUAAAGACUCUGAAGCCGGGCACCAUGUCUCCUGAAGCUUUCCUGCAGGAAGCCCAGAUCAUGAAGAAGCUUCGGCAUGACAAGCUGGUGCCCCUGUAUGCCGUUGUGUCCGAGGAGCCCAUUUACAUCGUCACUGAGUACAUGGCCAAAGGGAGUUUGCUGGACUUCUUGAAGGAGGGUGAGGGCAAGUACCUCAAGCUGCCCCAGCUAGUAGACAUGGCUGCCCAGAUUGCAGAUGGUAUGGCCUUCAUCGAGAGGAUGAACUACAUCCACAGAGACCUGAGGGCUGCUAACAUCCUGGUGGGAGACAAUCUGGUCUGCAAGAUUGCCGACUUUGGCCUGGCUAGACUGAUUGAAGACAAUGAAUACACUGCUAGACAAGGAGCCAAGUUUCCCAUUAAGUGGACUGCACCAGAGGCAGCGCUGUACGGCCGAUUCACCAUCAAAUCUGACGUCUGGUCCUUCGGGAUCCUGCUGACUGAGCUGGUGACCAAGGGCAGAGUGCCAUAUCCAGGCAUGGUGAACCGAGAAGUGUUGGAGCAGGUGGAGCGGGGCUACAGGAUGCCGUGUCCUCAAGGCUGCCCGGAGUCGCUACACGAAAUGAUGCGGCUCUGUUGGAAGAAAGAGCCAGAUGAGCGGCCCACCUUCGAGUACAUCCAGUCCUUCCUGGAGGACUACUUUACAGCCACUGAGCCACAGUACCAGCCCGGAGACAACCUGUAGAGACCCUCUACGGGACCCAGAGACUCACCACCACGUGCUAAUAAGCCACCAGGACGGUUCUCAAACCCAUUGUGGCACUUCCUCCCAACAGCUCCCCUGCACACUUGUCCUUACAGAGAUUUGUUUCUUUUCCCACUCAAGAAUCAAGUGUAAAAACUCUAUUAGCAGAUAAAACGCAUCUUUCACAGCAUGACCUUUGUCAUCAGGCUGUGCUUUGCCUGAGGAUGUGUGUGUGGUGGAGUUGAUGAGGGCGACGUGUGUAUGAGGGGGUUUGAAGCAGGACCACGUCAUGCUCCCAGAACUCUGCUGGGCUGAUACCCUGCAUUACAGACAGAGGGAGUUGUGAAAAAAAAAAGCGAUGAGCUUCGUGCUGAUGGCUGGUUCACAGUUGCACAAAAUCUGUUUUUUUCUUUAUUUUUUUUAUCUAUUUGUCUGUAUUCUUUUCACCUGAACACUAAAUCCUAUUGUAAAAUCAGUCUUUCUUAUUUUAGCGUUGUUCAUUUUGUCUUUUUCCCUUUUAUUUAGUUUUUUAGUAGUUUGAGUAGUUUAUUAAAAGUGACCAAUAACUGUGGUUGAAUUGGUUGAACCUAAUUGCUGGGACGGGACUGAGGAAGUUGGAGAAAGACAAAAAGAGAGAGAGACAUGAGGGCAUUAGCCGUUCUGAAUGUAUGAGAGCUUAAGUUUGCGGACGAUUGAUUAAAGGGGCAGAUUUUUUCACUAAAACACUUUUAUAGCAAAUCAUGAUUUUUUUUUUUUUUUUUAAGUAGGUUUCUUAAUUUCAGUUUCAGUCUUUAUGAGAGCUUGAAUUCAUAUCCUGGGAGAUGAUUCAUAUUGAAAAGCCUGCACAAAAACAUUUCUGAUGACCAAUCGCCAUUUCAGCCAGCUGCUAAUUGUCAAGCAAAAAGUCAUUAUUAUAAAUCUUAUUUUUGUCUUGAAUUAUUCAACAGUAAUUUAGGAGAGAAACAUUUUAUUAUCAAAACACCAGACCUGAGCAGUCCAAACAUCAUUCCUCACGCUGCUGUUGAGACCUGACAAGUCUUAAUAUCACAACAGCAAUGCCUGAGUUUCUUUUUUACACGCAUCAGCUCCGACACUGCCAGGUUUGUGUUUUUCGUGCCAACACAUUUGUAGUGCCAAACUCUUGGUACAAAUUCAUUGUUCUCUCAUGUACACUCCAAUAAAUGAACCAGAGAGAUUUAUAGAUCUUCCACAGUUUAUUUCAGACACAAAUAUUUCAGUAUAUUGCAAGAGAGCCAUGGUUUCUUCAUUCUGACAUACGAAUGUGAAUUUGCUCGAAAAAUUAUUUGAAACAGAUCCGUUUGUUUUUGACUCUUUUGCAAGUUUCUUGAACAGGAAUCAGAAUUGCAUGAAGCCUUUUUUAACUCGUUCACCGCGAUGUAUCAUGUUUGCUGCUGGUGGAGUCGUUGCAUUUCCUGUUUAAGCAUCGAUCACUGUGAAAUAUUCAGGUACUACAGAUUAAGACCAUUUACCAACCAAAGUUUGACGAAAUCACUAAAAAUAAAAAUGGUACAAGUCUAAUGGAGAGGGUAAAAUAGACAUCAGUUUUUGCACCACUAUUACAGAUUUAGUCUUAAUGUUUGAGUUUGGUCAUGUAUUUUCUGUAACGGGUUCAUUUCACCCAUGACAAGGAAUUGAAUGCACUUGAGAUGAAUCAGACGGAUAUCUUUUUGAGGGUUAAUUUGUUGAUUUCUUCUCCCCUUUGUCGUGUAGCUUUUCAUAUAUGUAGAGAGAGAGGCCUUGCUUUUGUCCUUCCUGUAUGUGAGCCCUUUGUCCUAGGGACUUUGUUGUGUCCUGUCUUUAUCCUGGACAUCACCUAAACAUCUUUCCCAUCAUCACCUCCUGUUUUACAAGGGCUACAGGCAAGUUUGAGCAAAACUCUUUUAUCAAUUUUUGUUCUUUGUGUCAGAAAAGAGAAAGUACUCUGAUAUGAGGUGAUGGUCUCCGCUGCAGAGUUUUAAUGACAUUGUUGUGAAAAUGGUUACGAUUACUAAUCUGAAGAAUUUGUACAGUAAAAAAUAAAGUUUUACGUAAUGAUUUUAA